GCUCGUGCUGCGCUUCAUCAGUCUCAGUGAGUGAGAUACACAGAUAAGAUGAGAAUCUCCGCUGGAUCUCUGCUGCUGCUUGCUCUGACCGCUCUGGUCUCUGUGACUCUGGCCAAGAGCGUCUUUACCUUCAUGGACGUCCUCAAAGCAGCUACUGUCGACUUCAACCAGAAGAGUGAUGAGAAGAAUGCCUUUGGGCCGCCCAAACAGAGCCCACUACGGUCAAUGUCGAUGUUUGAGCCUGGUGACGGCUCUGUCAUCAUCAAGUCCAUCACUUUCACACUGAAGGAGACAGUGUGCCCCAAAUCAGUGGACUAUCUGAAGGAAGAGUGCGUCUUCAAGGAGAACGGGUCUCUGAAGAUGUGCUCCAGCACAGCCACAGUCCUGAAGUCACAGCCAGCGGAGGCAGCAUCACUCACAGUGUCCUGCAGGGAGGUUACGGACCCAGCGGAGCGCAAGAAACUCUCAGAGCCUCCCAGCUGGGCAAAGUACUUCAACUGGUAAAGAUAUGGCAUCAGAAGACAUGGCAUCAGAGCAAAACCAAUCACCAGCAUUUUUAUUUUGCCUAUUGUGUCUGUGUUUUACAACUGUGUAUUUAUUUCUGAAUAAAUGUGUCAAUUCAGCUUA